AGCGAGAACUGGUAACGCAAUUUAACAUUGAAUCGAGGAAGCGUCUUUUAUUUAUCGGACACAAUAAUGGCUGCUACCCAACAACACCGCUGCGCACUGAACGCUCCAGUCGACAUUGGAGGGUCACCGGUGUUUUUGUCGUCGUCCUGAAGCCGCCAUUACCUCCGUUCCUUCCCUGGCCUGACUGCCUACCCACAAUGCACUGCCAGAGGGUUUUGUGUGUCUCUGACAGACCGACAUAACCAUCGCUGCUGCCAAUUCACCAGCCAGUCCACAUCACAGCAACAACACAGCUGAAAGGUCUUGCCCUGGUUGAUCUUGUUCAUUGUCUUACUGAAAUCAUGUCUGGCCCAGGGGACUUACCAGCCCUAGAGGGGCCCGGGGAUGGGCGGGAUGAAGCUUCCCAUUGGGAUGACCCGACGAGCCCUCAGCUACGACGAUAACCUGGAGGCCCCCAUGUCCACGCCCCCCCACGACAUCAGCAUCAACAACCUGUGGAGACGACCCGUCAUACCGGAAAGGAGGUUCUCGCACCUGGCUGAGGAGGAUGAGACUGGUGCUGUGAGUCAGUCUACAGGGCCGGACAGCGCCCCCUCCAGGUCACCAAGUGUAGUGAAGGCCAAGGCCUCCUCCGUCAUCAUGAAUUCUCUCAUCACCAAGCAGACACAGGAUAGUGUGUACAAGUUUGAGCAGAGGGUGGGUCUCACUGACACCAGCUACACACCCCACAAAGGCCUCACCGCUGAGGAGACGAGACACCACCACCGGAUUCCAGAAUCCCUACAUAAACUGCAAAUCCAGAGCAUGGAGACCAGAGAAGAGCGGCAGACCUCCUCCACCCAGUCCACUCCAUCCAACACACCACACAGCUCUCCAAAACAACAACGCAGGGCCUGGUUCGGCAGUACAAGCUCAGAGGUCAGCGGUAGCUCCACCAACAGCAGUGUAGACCUGGGAGACGGAGGAGGCGUGGUCGAGCGGUGGAGCGUGUUUGGGCCGCGGCCGCUUGUACAGAAGUCGACCUCUGACCUGGGAUCAGAGCACAACACAAAUGCAGCAGGCUUUGCCCUGCAGGCGUACCGUGGUGCCCAGAAGCCCUCCCCCAUGGAGGUAAUGAAGUCACAGACCACGCGUCUGGGUGACAACCCUGCUGCUCAGGCGGCGGCCCCUCCCAAAAUGGAGAUUCCCACAGUAGAGGGUCGACGUCAGGGAGCUCGACCACACAAGAUCAAACACAGAGACAUGAACAUCCUGACGCCCUCUGGCUUCUAACACGUCACAUGACAUCAAAGCUGCACGUCACUCAGACGCUAAAGGUCCCAUAAAAUGAAAACUUCUCUCUCAUAUUGUUACACAACUUAUUGCCACUUUAAAGAUGUGUUGAAAGUCAAUUUAAUACAUUUUUUUAGACAGAAUCAUUUAAUCUUCAGCUGCUUUCAAAUGUUAACGUCUUGCCCCCGAGAUGGCAUUUCCAUCCAGUGAAUCUGGGGUGAGCAAACUGACCCCUUCAAAUAUUUACUUUUAUUACAACUUUGGUCUGAUUUUUGUUGUUUUGUACAUUAAUAAUAACACUACUCAAGUCAAUCACUGACAUCUGGAAUAGCGACAAUAUUGUUAGAAAGAUGUCAUAUGAGAUGGAUUGUAAACAAAGUCCCAGGUUAGAGAAGAAAACAAGGAGGAAUUGAAAAAGUGUCUGUUGUCCACAGCCAUCAUAGUUUACAGACUUCCUGUGUCAACUUUGACCUACUGUAACUACUGUAGUUGUAUGGUUUUCCUGUCAAAAGAGAUGUGACGCUUCAUUUCAGGUGUGCUAACUGGUCUGUUUCCUGCAAACAAAGUGGAUUAGCUAAUCUGGCUAAGCUGUUAACAACCUGUAGGAUCCUCUGACUGUUGCUUCUUGCCCCACCGGGCUUUGUUGCGUCAGUGCCAGCGUGUUCUCAGAACUCAAUUUACUACUGAUGGUCAAAACCACAAAAGUAAGACCCAGGUUGUGUUGUGGAAUUAUACUUGAAGCUAACUGCCGCUAGCUACGAAUGCAUAGGCUUGAAUUUAUGUGCCAAUUUGCAACAUCCUCAAUAUUAGUAGCACAUUUGUCUGCUGACGAAGGCUCCAAAGUAUCUGCUCUUCAUUGUGCCGGUCAGGACAUUUCCCUCGUUCUUGUCUUCCUCUUCAGUAACAGUCAGUUUUGGAAGGAAGCAGCUAUUAUCAGUGUCCAUUUUGCAGUCUUUUUUUUUCCAUGUAAAAACUACAUUAAACCUAAAUCUGAAAGUCAUUUUAUGGGACCUUUUUAACAGCAGCACCAACAUUCAGAUAACCAUUGUACUGUCCACCAUCUUCGCCACUGAAACAAUUCUGGAUAAAAAAAAAAAAAAAAAAAGUAGUUUCACAUCUGCACUUCUUUGUGGCAUUUACUGUGUUGCUUGGCUGUAAAAUCAAACUCUCUGUGAUCCUUCACCCUUUUAACUGUUACAUCCAGUUGCAGCAUGCUGACAUAAACAUGGGCUCAAGUUAACAAAUUCAGCAUGUAUCAACCUGAGUCCAGAUAACCUGGCGGACCACUGACUGACAACUUUGCCCAGCUGAAGGUGAAGGUGAAGAUGAAGGUGACCCUGAUUGAAAAGGAUAUCCCUGUAAAUGCACUUUAUCCCCACUCUUCCCACCACAGAGACUAGCUCUAUUAUCUGCUCACCAGGGUGCAAAGUAAUGUGAUAAAAAACCUCCUCUGCUUCAGAGUUGAUAGUCUUUACAUCCUGUCUGUCUCUUUUUCAUUGUCUUCUUAAAGGGGCAUUUCACUAAGCAGGGUGGGAUUAAUACGUCUAACAAAUGGCUUAAGUGUAGUUUAAUACGAAUAAAACCAACAGAACAAAAAAGAUCCAUAGAAAAUUGUACAAAUUUUGUCUCAGGAAAUCUUGGAAAUUUGGCAGACUCCUGCUCACUGAAACGUUCCAUUUGUUUUGCAUUAUACUUUUGUGUGUUUUAAUGUAGAGAUUAAGAUGUUUUUUUUUUUUUUAUCUGCUACUGUAGCAACAAAUUUUGUUCCUUGUAGGAUCAGAAGAAAAAAAAUGCCCACCUGGUGUGUGCGUGUGUGUGCAGAAAUCAGAGCUACAUGUGACUCAAGACUCAAACAUUGACAUGGUCCAGUGUUUCCAUUACUGGAGUCAAAACAGAGAAGUUAAAAGAACCAAAAAGAAGAAGAGGUUUUGAACCUCUUUUAAAGGUUCGGUGUGUGAGCUCUGUUUUUUUCUACCCAUGGUCACAUAUGAAGGAUUCCUGUUUCUGUUUCUGAUGAGUUUUGGUGCUUAACUGACUGAAGAGACCACUGGUGUGCACACUGGCCACAUCCUGCAGAAACCUUGUGUCACUCAGAAAAAGGGAAACACCUUGCCUUACAAUAACAUAAAAUGACUGAAAUACAGGGUUUAUUUUAGAAGUGCUAGCUUACUGCUAAUAAAUGCAUAUUCAUACAAGGUCCCUGCAAGAGUGUGUGUGUGUGUGUGUCUGUGUCUGUGUGAGAAGCUUCAAACUGCUUAAUAAGCACUAUGAUUCACCUGUUAAAUGAAAUGUAGGGCUGGUCGUUGUUGUUAUUGCACUUUCAUUAUUAAGUUGGCUCGUGAUCUGUGUAUUGUACCACAGCAGUGGAAGAGGUUGUCUGUUUUAUGGGGUAAAUAUUUCAAAUGCAAGUAAUUUGCCACUUGUAACUGCUGUGGUGUCAGUCAAAUGUUGUCAGUUUUCUUUUCAUCUUGACAAACGAUCUUAAAGCUGGACAGAAAACACACUCUGCUGUCAGCAGCUGUAAAUAUUAAAUGAAUAUGACUGUUUCUGCUCUGUUCAAUUUUGUUGUUACCUAGUUUGUGUUCACAAGUGCUCUGUGUUUAAAGUGACGCUGUUCCCUUUAAAUCUCUCCCUGACUGAAGUAUCACAUCUGUAUGGUAGUGUGAGUCUAUUACAGUUUCUGUUUCUGUUCCACAUUUUUCCCAGUGGAUGUUCAGAGACAUUUUCUUUGAUUUGUAUAGUCUCUGUACUGUUUUCUUUUUCUUUGCCUCAACAGUUUGAAAAUUGAGAAUAAAUGUUACAUUUCCAUCAGAAAAACAAAA